CCUCAAGUGCAUCAUCAACAGCCACAGCCGCAGCACCCGCAGCAGUCACAACAGCCUCAAUCCCAUGUGAACCCACGGGAACAUGCUCGGCUACUGGCCCGGGAGCGUCAGUAUGCAAUUGCUGAUCAGAUGUCACGCAUGGCUACGGACGAGUAUCAGGAGGACAUCUUGGCGCACAUGCAUGCAAUGGACACGGCCACCCAACCCGAUGUCGACUCCAUAGACAUCCAGACCGAGAUCCAAUGGUUUAUGCGGCCAUACCUGCUCGACUUCCUCAUCGAAGCCCACGCUGCCUUCCAGCUGCUGCCAGCUACCUUGUUCUUGACCGUUAACCUGCUUGACAGAUACUGCUCAAAAAGAGUCGUGUACAAGAGACACUAUCAGCUGGUUGGAUGUGCGGCUCUGCUUAUUGCUGCCAAGUACGGUGAUAAGAAGGAUCGUGUCCCCACAAUCAAGGAACUCAAGUCCAUGUGCUGUUCGCUGUACGAUGACGACAUGUUUAUUCAGAUGGAGUGGCACGUCCUGCAGACAUUGGGCUGGUCAAUUGGCCACCCAACCGUCGACAGCUUCCUGCAGAACGCCGUGGUCGAUACACCCUACGAUCCCGAGGUCGAGCAUCUCGCCUUGUACAUUGCCGAGAUUUCCCUGUUCCACCGUGACUUUGUCUCCAAGCUGUCGUCCGACAUCGCCAGAGCCUCGCUUGCUCUGUCCCGCUGCAUCCUCAACAGACCACAGGCCCCGCAGUCCGAUUGGGCAUCCAACUACGACUCGCUAACGCUAGUGAGCCUCUCGCAGUACCUUCAGAAACCGUCGCACGUUCUGACCCGGAAGUACUCGUCGGCUCACUACUCCCGUGCGUCCAAGCUUCUAGAACAGUUCCUUGCCCGCCAGGAGUCCCUGAACAAGUCGUACAACCCUCCUACUCCUCCAAACGAUCGUAUGUGCGAGUCCAAAGCUCCAUACGAAAAUGAGGCUGGGCUGGCUACUCCACAAAAGACACAAUACCCAGCCGUAUCACAUGGCUACAUCACGCCACCCAUUACUCCGGAGAACGAUGCAUUUGGUGUGCCAGGAAAUCCCAACGUGGCCAAGGAUGGAAGCACAAUGCUCUACAACUGCCCACCCUCGCCCACACCAGCGCCUACCAUGCAGUAUACAGCACAACAUUACGAAAUGACAGACGCUUCCGCCUACUCGCAUCAUCGGCUCUUCCCACAACCACCGGCACAAACUUUCAAUCCUGUGUUCUAG